AUGGAUCCUCAAGAUAUCGCACAGGCAGCCGGUGUUUCGCCUGUUGAACUUUGUGUCUACUCAAUAUUGUCAAAUAACUUGGAUGGUAUCUAUCAAUCCAUAAAUGAGCUGCGAGAGUCCCAAGCUCUCCUGAUACUUCGACUAAGACAAGUACGAGACUCCCUCAAAGGAGAACAAGAAUUCCUGAAUCAAGGCCAAAAUCUCAAGGUUGAGUGUGAACGACUUGAAAAUUUGAAAACUCGAGUUGAUGCUUUGGUGAAGCGUUGCGUUACGUUGCUGGAGACUUGUAAUAAUCUUACAUAG